UAGCUCACCAGGUCCAUAUAAGCUUUUAAGGUUCCUAAAUACGCUUAUUUGUUAGCAUAGGCAGCCUUUGGUUACCAAAUAUGACCAGUUCCAGAGAAUUUGUGCUAAACAAAUUAGAUUAAUUCUAGAUAACGUGGCCAUCUAUUAUAUUUUGUUUAAGCUUGAAUGAUUGUCGACAGUACUGUUGUGCAUAUUUACAUUCUCUUAUAAGGUGUUUGUCAUGUUCGUUAGCUAAUAUUGUAGAUGUUGUGUCUCUUGUGGCUGUCUCAAAGUUGGAUUUUCUUAUAGUAGACUAGCAUUUUUAAUUUGAAUUAUUUUACAUGCAUGGCUGUAGUACAAAUAUCAACAGUAUUGUUUAUUGUUUGAUAAGGAGUCGAUUAGUAGUUGAUCAGAGCAUUGUACACUCCCUUUUCCAUAAUCUUACCACCAUUACACCAUCUCCACUAGCCUGGACUGUUGACACAAGGCAGAUUGGGUCUAUGGAUUCAUGCUGGUGGCACGAAAUUCUGACCCUGCCAUCUGUGUGCCUCAGCAGAAAUCGAGAUUCAUCACCAGGCUACGUUUUUCCAGUAUUCUACUUUCCAGUUUUGGUUUUGACGCUGGCAAUGUCAUCACUGUGAAGUAAUACUACAAGAUAAUAAAUCGAUGCCAGCAAGGUGCAAGUAGGCACAAUCAUGUCCAGAAGCAAGAGCUCAGAGUCCGUAAAAGUUGUGGUGCGGUGUCGCCCCAUGAAUGAAAAAGAGCGUGCUUCAAACUUUGAGAGAGUGGUCUCUAUGGAUGUAAAGCUUGGCCAGAUUGUAGUACGUAAUCCGAGAAGUGGGUUCACUCAUGAACACCCCAAAGUUUUCACUUUUGACUCGGUCUACGACUGGAACUCGAAGCAGGUUGACCUCUAUGAUGAGACAUUCAGGCCAUUGGUGGACUCAGUAUUGCUGGGCUUCAAUGGCACCAUCUUUGCUUAUGGACAGACAGGUACAGGGAAGACGUACACAAUGGAAGGGGUACGCAAUGACCCAGAAAAAAGAGGAGUCAUUCCCAACUCCUUUGAGCACAUUUUCACACACAUCUCAAGAUCACAGAACCAGCAGUAUCUGGUCAGGGCAUCUUACCUGGAGAUCUACCAAGAAGAGAUCAGGGACCUAUUAGCCAAGGACCAGUCUCGUCGCCUGGAGCUGAAAGAGAGACCUGACACGGGUGUUUAUGUCAAAGACCUUUCUUCAUUUGUCACUAAAAGUGUCAGGGAGAUUGAGCAUGUUAUGAAUGUUGGGAACCAGAACCGUUCAGUUGGCUCAACCAACAUGAAUGAGCAUAGUUCCCGUUCCCAUGCCAUAUUCGUUAUCACUAUUGAGUGCAGUGAGUUGGGUCCAGAUGGGGAGAACCACAUCCGUGUUGGGAAACUCAAUUUGGUUGACCUGGCAGGAAGUGAAAGGCAGACAAAAACAGGUGCACAAGGAGAACGACUAAAAGAGGCCACCAAAAUCAACCUCUCCCUGUCUGCUUUGGGUAAUGUCAUUUCUGCAUUAGUGGAUGGAAAAAGUACUCACAUUCCAUACCGAGAUUCCAAGCUCACACGUCUGCUUCAGGAUUCGCUGGGAGGUAACGCCCGAACUGUCAUGGUGGCCAACAUUGGACCAGCCUCCUACAAUGUAGAGGAGACUCUUACUACGCUACGAUACUCAAACCGUGCCAAAAACAUCAAGAACAAACCCCGCAUCAACGAGGACCCCAAGGAUGCCCUUCUUCGAGAAUUUCAGGAGGAAAUCGCUCGUCUGAAGGAGCAGUUAGAGAAACGAUCAGGGAAAAAGAAAAAGAAAGGGCGGAAGAGGAGGGUUGGGGAGGCAGGAGAGCAACUGGAUGAUGAUGUGGAAGUUGAAGAUGAGGAGGAGGAGGAGGAGGAAGGGGCAGAUGGGGAUAAGAACAUAGCUGAUUAUUGGCGGGAGCAGCAGGAAAACCUGGAGAAGGAGAAGAAAGCCAUCAUGGAGGACCACAGCCUGGUGGCAGAGGAGAAACAGCGACUGCUCAUGGAGAAGGAGAAGAAGAUGAAUGAUUUACAUCGGGAAAAGGAGGCGUCUGAGAUGUUGGCAGCCAAAGUCAAGGCUAUGGAGAGCAAGCUAUUGGUUGGAGGGAAGAACAUUGUUGACCACACUAAUGAGCAGCAGAGAAUUCUGGAUCAGAAAAGGCAGGAAAUUGCCGAACAGAAAAGGCGUGAACGGGAGAUGCAGCAAGAGGUGGAGUGUCGUGAUGAAGAGACUCUUGAGCUGAAGGAGACAUACAGCUCAUUGCAACAGGAAGUUGAUAUAAAGACCAAGAAAUUGAAAAAGCUCUUUGCCAAGCUACAAGCAGUGAAGGCAGAGAUCCAUGAUGUCCAGGAGGAGCAUAUUAAAGAGAGACAGGAGCUGGAGCAGACACAGAACGAAUUGACCAGAGAACUCAAACUAAAGCAUUUGAUCAUCGAGAACUUCAUUCCAUUGGAGGAGAAGAAUAAGAUCAUUUCGAGGGCCACCUUUGAUGAGGAGGAUGACAUUUGGAAAAUGAAACCCAUUACCCGUGUUCAAGAUGAUCAGCAAAUGAUGACAAGACCAGUGUCUGCAGUGGGAUUCAGGAGGCCGCUGAGUCAACAUGCACGCAUGGCCAUGAUGAUGCGCCCUGAUCCCCGAUAUAGGGCUGAGAAUAUCCUGAUGCUGGAGCUUGACUUGCCCACACGCACCACUAAAGAGUACGAGGAACCUAUGAUUGCGCCAAAGGUGGCUGCAGCUUUAGAAGACGCACUGAGAGAGGAAGAUGACAUUCAAGUGGAUGCUUCAGCUUUGGGCCAUGGAUUCAACAAGAAACCAAAAACAAGCCGUCCCAAAACAGGCAAGAAUGUGAGCACCCCCACGUCAGCCCACAGCCCCUCCAGCUCAGGAUCCACACUCUACCCCCAGUCUCGUGGCCUUGUGCCCAAAUAACACUUCUAAAUCCUUACUCCUACUCCAGAUCAUUUAGCCACCUAGACAGACUUUGUGUUUUUUGGCCAUGGUCUGGAACUACAAGUUGAAGUUUGGUAAUAAUAAAAUCCCCAGGUUCUAAAAUGUAUACUUAACAUGUAUACAUUAAUGUGAAGGCAGACCAAGAGACGACUUCCUCUCAUCAUUUAAAAAAACAAAACACCCUUCAGGGUUUUUUUUUUCUUUUUUCCCAGCAAACAUAAUUUGGACUAUAAAUGAGCAGGUUCUGCUGCUCACUGGUUUAAUACACUUGAAAGUGCAAUCACAAAAACAUGUUACAAAACAUGAGCUUUCCUGAAACAGGCAGACAGGUUUUGUGACAUUUGUGUUUAGAGGUGUGUUGCUGUCUUAUUUGGAACAUAAAAACUGUUUUUAGUGUCUAGUCUUGCUGAUAACCAUAAGCAACAUCCUUUUCCUGUUCUUAUAGUGCUGUGGCACAGAGAUUUGAACCACAUUUGGCAAGAACGCCACUGUAUGUACAGAUGUUAGGUUGUAUCUAUCUAGGUAUGUAUUUUUAUUUUAAUUGUAGGUUUAACAAAUUGAAAGGCUCAUGAGGAUUUCACUGGGUGGGAGCAAGCAUUCCAUCCAUUUGCCUCCAAAUAUGCGCUGUAGUGUUAUCUGCUGAGUGAGAGAGCAGCACCUGCAUCCUUCCUCCAAUUCCUUUUAGCACUAGGAACCAAGGAUGUAAGGAGUGGAGGGUCAGGGAGUGGGUCUGGACUGAUGUUUAGUUAGAGCUGUAAUGCUGUUCUAUUUGGGUCACCCAAGUUGGAAGGAUUGGAGUGGGGAACUAAACAGGUCAACACACUGAAUAAUCAGGGUUCCAAGGUGCCUUACCUUCCCUUUUUACACAGUAAAAGAAGUCUUUUGGUCUUCCCUUUGGUCAGAGUGUCCUUUGGAAUAAACCAAUGCAAUGAAGCAACAAAGGAGUGUAAGUUUAGACCAUCACAGUUGUUUUGGAGUACCACUGUGCUUUUCCUUUCAGAGCAUGUGUAGAUGGAGAGUUUGUUACUUUAUUUUGCCCUAUAAAAGCCCCUGUUUAUAGAACACUUAAAACAAAACUUAUUUAUCUGCUUUCUUCUCAGCAGCCACACAGUGUUAGUAUAAAUGUGAUGCUGGGAGAAUUUGUAAAAAAUUUUGUUUUUGUAACACUAAUAAACUGCAAUAUUCUCCUUACCCCUCCCUCUGCCUUACCAAUAAGGGUGACGCCAUUGCUUGCUGCUACUGUAGGGUUUAAUUAAACCCAUGUAUACAGUGUGUGUGUGUGUGUAUGUAGAAAUGUCAGUACAUAAUUCUCAACUAUACUGUUGAAAUAAAAUAGCAAAAAAAGAUGAAGUGUCAUAUAGCAACAUUUAAAAUGAUAACUUACAGUGCAUCCGGAAAGUAUUCACAGCGCUUCACAAUUUCCACAUUCUGUUAUGUUACAGCCUUAUUCCAAAAUGGAUUAAAUUCAUUAUUUUCCUCAAAAUUCUACAAACAGUACCCCAUAAUGAUGACAUAAAAUAAGUUUGUUUGAAAUCUUUGCAAACUUAUUAAAAAAAAAAAAAAAAAAUCACAUGUACAUAAGUAUUCACAGCCUUUGCCAUGACACUCAAAAUUGAGCUCAGGUGCAUCCUGUUUCCACUGAUCAUCCUUGAGAUGUUUCUACAACUUGAUUGGAGUCCACCGGUGGUAAAUUCAGUUGAUUGGACAUGAUUUGGAAAGGUACACACCUGUCUAUAUAAGAUCCCACAGUUAACAAUGCAUGUCAUAGCACAAACCAAGCCAUGAAGUCCAAGGACUUGUCUGUAGACCUCAGAGACAGGAUUGUAUCGAGGCACAGAUCUGGGGAAGGGUACAGAAACAUUUCUGCAGCAUUGAAGGUCACAAUGAGCACAGUGGCCUCCAUUAUCCAUAAAUGGAAGAAGUUUGGAACCAGCAGGACUCUUCCUAGAGCUGGCCGCCCAGCCAAACUGAACAAUCGGGGGAAGAAGGGCCUUAGUCGGAUGUGACCAAAAACUGCAUGGUCACUCCAGCAUGUCUUCUGUGGAGAGAGGAGACCCUUCCAGAAGAACAACCAUCUCUGCAGCACUACACCAAUCAGGCCUGUAUGGUAGAGUGGCCAGAUAGAAGCCAUUCCUCAGUAAAAGGCACAUGAAAACCUGGAGUUUGCCAAAAGGCACCUGAAGGACUCUCAGACCAAGACAAAAAUUGAACUCUUUGGCCUGAUUGGCAAGCGACAUGUCUGGAGCAAACCAGGCACCAGUCAUCACCUGGACAAUACCAUUUUUCAAUGGCAGGAACUGGGAGACUACUCAGGAUCGAGGGAAAGAUGAAUGCAGCAAUGUACAGAGAAAUCCUUGAUGAAAACCUGCUCCAGAGAGCUUUGGACCUCAGACUGGGUUGAAGGUUCAUCUUCCAACAGGACAAUGACCCUAAGCACACAGCCAAGAUAACAAAGGAGUGGCUACAGGACAACUCUGUGAAUGUCCUUGAGUGGCCCAGCCAGAGCCCCGAUUGAACAUCUCUGGAGAGAUCUGAAAAUGGCUGUGCACCGAUGCUCCCCAUCCAACCUGCUGGAGCUUGAGAGUUCCUGCAAAGGAGAAUGGGGGGAAACUGCCCAAAAUAGGUGUGCCAAGCUUGUAGCAUAAUACUCAAAAAGACUUGAGGCUGUAAUUGGUGCCAAAGGUGCUUCAACAAAGUAUGGAGCAAAGUCUGUGAAUACUUAUGUACAUGUGCUUUUAUUGUUUUUUUUAUUUUUAAUAAAUUUGCAAAAAUUUCAAACAAACUUCUUUCACGUUGUCAUUAUGGGGUAUUGUUUAUAGAAUUUUGAGGAAAAUAAUGAAUGUAAUCCCUUUUGGAAUAAGGGUGUAACAUAACAAAAUGUGGAAAAAUUGAAGCGCUGUAAAUACUUUCCGGAUGCACUGUAUCAUACUGAACCUGUCUGUUUUAUAUUCAAGCAGCUAUAGAUGCCUUUUGUGUUUCUUUGGCAUAGAAUGUAUUGUUUUGUUUGUUUGUUAGUUUUUUUUUUUUUCAUUUGUAUUAUUUAAUGUUGUGUACAAAUAUAUUUUUGCAUUAAUGUUUUUUAAGAGAAUAUUUCAUUUUGUCUUGUUCCUGGAUUGUCUUCAGAAUUAAUUUCAAAACUUAAUGCAUCUUAACUUGUGGCAAUGUUUAGCUUCUUCUCAAUGCUGUGUUGUGUGUUACAUUGAUUAAAAAACAAACACAAAAAAAUACAGGACAGCCAUUUUGUUUAAACCAUGUAGGAAAAAAACUUUUUCUUAAAAAAAAACAAAAAUGAAAAUGCACACCCUCUGUGUAAUGCUUGUUUAAUCCAUUCAGUAAUAUAAACCAAAACCUAAACCAGAUCCCAGCUUUGUCUUAUUGCAUUUUAGGCCAUAAAACCAAAAUAAAUAUUUUACAUUAAUGCACUGAUUUUAACCAUAAAGGAAUGAGGAAAAACCUUUAGUGGUUUUUACCUGCUGGAAUUUUGUUUUAAUUAAAAUGAUAAUCUCAUUAAUGCUGAUAUAUUUAUUGUUUACUGUAUUAUUCUCCAGUUGGCUGCCUAAUACUUUGUAUACUCUGAGUGGAGUUCAGUGGAGUUGCAUGAACACUUAAAAUUAUACUUUAACUUUGCCAUGUGUACCUUGUUUUAAAGGGGUAUAAAUAAAUAAGCAAAUAUGUAUAUGUUUA